AUGGAAGACUCGGUUGGCCGGUUCGGGGUCGAUCUGACGGCUUUCGGCGCGUAUCGGCUGUCUGGCAACGGAUACCAAUAUGGCAUCGACGGCAGCUUCAACCCUGACGCGUGUCCGGAGGGAGAGAGUUGCGGUCUAAACAUCCGUACCGAUGCCCUUGCAGCAUGGCGCGCUGACGUGGGCAACGCGACGGCCGACGCUUUCGAGCUGGUCUUCAUCCUGUCCGCUGGCCAGGACGAGUCCUCUACGUGGCAAGAGUUUGGCGAGAUGAAGUUCAACGGUCCCGAGGAUGUUCCGGACGAGUUUGGUCCUCCAAAAUCCGUAAACAGCUCGCUGCCCAACUACGCGCGCACUCGAUAUGUGCCUUGGACUUCGUGGGCGGCGGCUUCGACCCUUUGGCCCAACGCUGGUGGCGGCUCCUCCACCCAAGGCGAAAGCUCCGGCAUGGCCGUUUACGCCCACGAGCUGAGCCACUUGCUGGACAUUGGUGACAACUACAACAAUCCCUACGGCCUCCCGUUGCGCAGAGCCUACACGGGUCCUUGGUCCAUGAUGUCGCGCGGCUCGUUCAAUGGUCCUGGCGGCCCGCAUACUCGCUGGCAGGUCCCGGCACUACAAGGUGCCUCAAUGGGAUCACUGCACACACUGCGCGACAAGCUUCAGCUCGGACUGAUUGACAAGACAGACAUUCUGUGGCUGUCUCGCGAGGCUUUGAUCACCUCAGGAAUCGCCGCCGCUAAUCUCAUAGCCCGUUCUGUUGACCCUGGCGAUGGCCUGAUGGGCGUCCGCAUCAUUAUGGAUGCCGACCGAUCCCCAACCUGCAACAUCACGACAGAGGUCCUUUGCGACGGUGGCAAGUGGGACAACUACGACAUGGAAGUUGUCGACCGCAUGGGCUCUGACUCGUUCCAGCCCGACUCUGGCGUCUUGAUCAGCAAGUCCAAAAACAUCGACAUUCAGCCCUUCCAAUGGGUCAUUGACGCCAACCCCCAAGACAUUGAACUCGUCGACUUUUACCGGCCCAACGGCUCCGUCGCUAUGAUCACCCUCGGUGACUACCGCCAGCUUGCGGAUGCCCUCUUCCACGCGGGAACGAAUUCAGGCAGCGAAUUCGAGUUUGUCGAUGAGCCGAACAGCUUGCACUUUUACAUCAUCGACCGCCACCGCGACGAUGAAGGGAUCCUUUCGUACACAGUUGCUGUCCGGUCACUUGAAGGCGAAGGUGGCGCGAGCACCCACGACGUGUCCCUGGGAGAUGGGGCCGUGACCAACUACAAGAGUAACACGCCCACCGGCCAAGGGGUGACCUGCUCGUUCCAACUGACUAACAGUGGCUCUUACGUCGCCGUUGACCCGGAUGCGGCUCAACAUCCCGAAGACGUGUCCGCGUUCUUGGAUUCGGAUGUCUACAGACUAAGUGCCGAGGUUGAGGGCGCCGGCUGGCGCGUGGAGCUGCCCAACGCUCUUAUCGCGGCCAAGUUUGGCGAAGUCAAGACCGCCAGAGUUUCCGUGGGAGCUACUUCUGACGCGGCGGACUCAGCUGUGGUGACGUUGAAGGCAACUUCAGAGUCUGAUCCGUCCGUGUUCGCUUCUGCUCGGUGCCAGGUGACCAAGUCAUGA